GGGAAAGCGCGCCAUUCAAAUCUGUAUCCGGUUUGUUCUGUUCCGUUUCGUUCGACAUGAAAAACAUGGAGCCCAACCGGAUCAGCGCGGCAAAGACACCCCUGAACAGUGCUGUCCAGAGGAGGAGUAAAAGCAGGAGCUACCGGCAGUCAUACCGCAGCUGCUUAGGUGCGGCGUCACGUCUGUGUUUGACCCCGGCGAUGACGUCACGGCGCCUCAACACCAACAGAAAAGCGCCGGAGUUGCUCAACAUCGCUGAGAGGGUGGACGCCCAGCAGCUGGCCUUACUGAUGAGAACGGAAUGGCAGCUGUCCUACGUCACGCCCCUCUACCAGUUCCGCUACACCCAACUGAAGAGCUAUGCCAGGCAGCUCUCUGCAUAUCUGACUGCAGAGAAACAGCAAGGCCUGGCGGUGGGAGUGGAUGUCAGCCUGAGCUACAGAGUCACCUUCUCCGUGGUUCACGGGAUGACCCAAACUGAAGUUGAUGCCGAGACCGUCUUAAUACAGAUUUACUGCAAGCCCUUGUUUGCCAGGCAGGAUGAGCCCCCGAAGGAAGUGUGGAAAGGCUGGUUCACAUGCAUCAACGGCAGCCAUGACUACAUCAACUCGCUUCCAAAAGACUUGACCUGCCUGCCACUAUUUGGCAGCAGCAAGACCGAGGUGCUCACCGCUUCCGUCAAAUCCUGGUUCCAGAAGAGCUUUGACUGUUGCUUCGCCCCGUUGGAGAUCAGCCACACGAGCCUGCAGUGGCUGGUGGCGCUGUGGACCAACUGCCACACAGAGUCCAAUACCCGGCAACUCAAAAUGGUGUGGACUCUCCCGGUCGUGCCGGCGCUGCAGGUCACCUACGCUGUCGAUCCGGCGGACGCCUGGCAGCUGUGGUGCAGUGUGAGGCGAGAUCCGCAGGAAAGGAUGACCGAACAUGACAUUAUUGACAUCGAGGAGGUGAUGAGGCUCAUGACAGGACUCAUGUGCCACUUCUACCGACACUUCAGAGUGGACCUGUCGGCUGGGACCUUGAGUCAGGUGUCCACGGCACUGGGAGGAGCCAAAUGUAGCGGAAAGAUUAAGUUUUCUAACAGCAACUACAUGACCGCCAUGCUGACGCUGCUGACCGAGUGCGCCCUCCUCAAGAUGCCAAUUUGAAGAAACCUGCAGAUGGUAAAAUAAAUCAGGUCUUGUGUUGAAGGGGAACUGGAAUUUUGUCCAUCAUCCACGAUCCUUAUGAUUUAUAAUUUAGAAUUUAUAAACAGUGAAAAACUGCUAGUACAAGGCAGCUAACGAUGCUGGUAAUAAGAUUAAU